GCACAGUGCGGCUUCUAAGCUCGCAGUGGAAGAAGUCCAAUUUGAAUUUCCACAAAAAUUAUAAGAUUUUUUUUUUAAUUCAAGUGUGAUUUUUUUAAUUUUUUGCAGUGCUAGUUAUUUAUCUCCCUUGUUCAGAUGACAAUCGAAAACGAAUUAUAAAUUAUUAAAAGACUUUAUGGUAAAAGUGAUUGGAACAAUGCGUACGAUUAUUUUAGUGUCGUUUUUGUUCGGAUUGGCAGCCUCUUUGGACCAGGGCAGGUUGUACCCUUUUGGAGAAGGAAGGGAUCUGGUGCUACCACAUGUAGAUGAUGUUUCUACAGGUGAAAUUACUCUGCAGACUCCUGUUUAUUUCUAUGAUGAAGUCUACACCAGCAUAUACGUCAAUACAAAUGGUCUCCUCUCCUUUCGGACAGAGAUUCCAAUAUUCUUCAACGUACCAUUCCCAAUGGAGUAUCCUCUGAUAGCUCCAUUCUACAGCAAUGUUGAUACUUCGGUAUCAGGCAGAGUAUGGUAUCGGGAAGUAUCAGUCAAUGAUGCUAAUCAGGCUGCCGAUAUCAGGCGAGCGGAGCAGGCUGUUCGAACAGCCUUCUCUGGAGCUCCUGAAUUCCAUGCCGAAUCAGUUUUUAUUGCCACAUGGGACAAUGUUGGUUUCCAUGGAGGACAAGGACUUAAAACUAACACAUUCCAGGUUGCUGUAACGACAGGUUUUAAUCCCACAACUGAUGCCACUGAAAGUUAUGUCGAAUUUUUAUACCCUCAAGGAGGUUUGCAAUGGAUUCAAGGUGCUCCUGGUCCUUCGGGAUUACCUGAUGUCAGGGCCCAAGCUGCAAUUGGAGCUGAAGAUGGCAGGAUACAUGUCCUUAAAGGAUCUGGAACUGACCAGGUAGUAAACCUAAGUCGUUUAUCCAACGUGGGCGAGCCAGGAUAUUGGAUGUUCCAAGUCGGUCCUUUGGGAGAACGCGGCGAUGUCAUCGAACCAGACACUGCUGCGUCUUCUUCAGGCGAAAGUAGCGAUUCUUUAGAUACUUCUGCUUCAGAUUCUUCAGCAGACUCCUGCGCUGCUGGAGGCCGCAUCAAAUGUCACGCUAGGGCCAAGUGUCAGGAUACUGAAGAAGGCUUCUGUUGCAAGUGCGAUCAAGGAUAUUAUGGCAAUGGUAUUGCGUGUCUUAAACGUGAUGUUCCUUUACGCGUUAAUGGUAAAAUCACUGGAACUUUAAAUGGUGAAGCUUUAGGCGUUAUGGAGCUUCAAAGUUACGUCGUCAUGGCUGAUGGACGAGCUUAUACUGCACUGUCGAAAGUUCCUAGGGAACACGGAUACGAAAUGCAGGUUUUGCAUAUUUUGGGAUCAGUCAUCGGAUGGUUGUUUGCGAAACCUGCAGGUACUGCGCAAAACGGAUAUCAAUUGACAGGAGGCGUCUUUAAUCAUACUGCUGACAUUACAUUCCCUGGAACACCACACAGAAUUUCCAUCACACAACGUUAUACUGGUUUAGAUCUGUUCGAUCAACUUCGACUUGAAGGAGAAGUUACGGGAACUUUACCGGCAUUCAGAGAUGGAACAAAAGUAGAACUCGACGAAUUCACCGAAGAGUAUUCUCAUCCAGCACCAGGAGACUUGAGAUCAGUUGCCACUCGUACAUUGCGCCUCAAAAAUGGAGGUUUAGAAGAUGAUCCAUCAGCUUCUGUACUGGUUUACGAAUUAUCCCAAAGGUUUUCAUACGAACCAUGUAAAUUCCAAAGCCCGUCUGACAAACCAGAUCCGAUUAAAAUUAGAGUAUCUAAGAACUUCAUCGGUUAUGAAUCACGUGAACGAAUUCUUCGGUAUGGAAUGAGCGAUAAGGUAUCUUUGGCAGGAGAACAGGAUCCUUGUGCAGAUUUCAGAUGUGGUGAACAUAGUGCCUGUGUAGCUGAUGGAGAUGAUCAUCGUUGUGUGUGCGAUCGUGGUUACCAUUUCUUGUAUGGCACUGACGAAGAGGAAUCUGCAUGUGUCGAUGUUAACGAAUGCCAGGUUGGUAUACACGGUUGUGAUGUCAACGCUCGUUGCAUCAAUGAACCAGGUAGUUUCCAUUGCGAAUGUCUACCAGGUUAUACUGGUGAUGGAAGACGUUGUGAACCUCUGACCCAAGAAGCUUGUGAAGUAACUCAAAGGUGUCAUCCAAAUGCUAUGUGUGAUGUUAAUGAUCGCUGUGUGUGUUUACCUGGUUAUAAUGGUGAUGGAAGAGAUUGUACAUCCGAAAUGCCAGACACCACUCAACCACCAGAACGUAUACGUGGUUAUUGCAUCAUGGGCGAAUGUACUUGUCCAGAAAAUUAUUACUUAUACAGUUUAGAAAAUGAGGAAUGUAGAUUGCGAUCGGAACCCGAUGUAUCUUGUAACAUCGUGAAUACUUGUCAUCCACAUGCUCAGUGCGUUUACUCGGCUAGAAAUGGUGGUGAAUAUUUUUGUGAAUGCACCGCCGGCUACACUGGCGAUGGCAUCGAAUGUAAUCCUUUGAAGCUAUCAUGCAGAGAAUCCGAUAUUUGCGACCUACAUGCUACUUGUGAACAAGAAGAUGGAAUGACCGAUCGUUGUGUAUGUUCUGAGGGUUAUGCUGGUGAUGGAUACCAGUGUAUGCCCGUGGGACGUGUUUGUAACGUGGAUGAAGAAUGCGGUGAAGGGGGUGAGUGCAGAGAUAGAAGAUGUCAAUGCAUUUCUGGCUACACUAAAGAUCUUCAAAGUGAAACCUGCAUCAGAGCCGGACUCUGCGGCACAGUUCUUUGCGCACAACAUGCAAGUUGUCUGUGGGAUGCAGAUGAAGAAGCUCAUUAUUGUGAAUGCGAUCAAGGAUACGUAGGCGAAGGUCAUAGCCGUUGCGAAAAACCGCCGCCUUCCUGUAAUGAAGUUGAUAAUUGUCCCAUACAUGCAACAUGUUUGCAAGAUAGAAGAACUGGUCAGUACACUUGCGUAUGCGACAGAGGAUAUCGUGGUGAUGGACAAACUUGUCGUGCAGAACCCACAUGUGCCGAAGAACCAGAAAUGUGUCACGCUAUGGCCAGGUGUACAUCGACACAACGUGGUCCAAGAUGCGUUUGCGUAGAAGGUUUCAAUGGCGAUGGAAAGCACUGCGAGCGCCCCGCCAAACACGACAGUGGCUUUUUACUACUGAAUCAAGGUAUGGCUACUUUGCGAGUACCAUAUACACCUGAAGGCGGUGCCCAACCUGGUGGCAAACCUAUACAAGUUUCAUAUUACCAGAUGGCAAUUGGUAUCGAUAUAGAUUGCUCUAAGGGCAGAGUAUAUUGGACCGACAUUGCUGGAAAAGCUAUCAAAAGUUCUGAAUAUAAUGGUACCAAGGUGGCCACGGUAUUGGACAACGCAACCAAGAAGAGUAUUUACUACUUUCAUACUCAAGAAACAUAUUACAAUUUAUAUAAACCACUACAUUAUCACAAUAUUUUAAUUUAA